CAAAAAAUCAAUCGAAUACAAAACAAAAUAACGAACAAAAAUCAAACAAUAACAAAACGCUUCUAAAAGAAUCAAAUUUAAAUAUUAAUUGAAAAGAAAAACGAAAAUCGUGCACCCGUUUUUUUUUAUUUUGCAUUACAUCAAGUGUUCUUUUUGUGCUUUUCAAACGAAACAAAAUCAAACCAUACAAAAUGAAAUUCCUUUUGAUUGGCUUCGCUUUCAUUGGCAUCGCUGCCGCUGUCCUCCCCGACUCUGCCACCCAAGGUCCCAAUCCUCAGGAUAUUGCCACUCCUGAGCCCGAAUACAUUGAUAUUGAUUUGCCUGAGCCCCCAAGACCAGCUCCCCCAGCACCUGUUCACAGAUUUGCCGCUCCCGUGCAAAGAGCUUUUGUGCCUGCCCCAGCUCCCAUCCAACAAAGACAGGCAUUCGCUGCCCCACGUGUUAUUUCCCACCCAGCUCCUCGUCCCGUUCCACAGCCCAUUAUCCAUCAUCAACAACAUGCUGCCCCCUCUAAUGUCUUCCAACAACGUGCUGCUGCCCCAGCUCAAGGACAUGCCUUCAAUGUGCAAUCAGGCUAUCAAUACAGACGUCCUGUCUAUGUCAGACGUGUCUACUAUCACCGUCGUGCUUAGAUAGAUAGUUGCUACCCAACCAUGACUGUGGGUCGCGGCGAAA